AUGAAGUGUGUUACCACUGUUACUUACUCAAUUACAAUUAAUGGUAAGGCCUCUACUCCAUUCCAUGCUAAGAAGGGUGUAAGUCCAUUAUCUCCGUAUUUGUUUGUGCUUGCUAUGGAGUACCUCAUAAGAACUCUAAAGACCCUACAUAAGCAACCUAGAUUUCAUUAUCAUCCAAAAUGCAAGAAGCAGAAAAUUGUGCAACUCAGUUUUGCUGACGAUUUACUAAUGUUCUGCAGGGGAGAUAAAGUCUCUGUUAUGCACUUCUAUGCAUGUUUUCAGGAGUUUUCCAUGGCAUCAGGUUUGAUAGCUAAUGUUGACAAAAGUUGCAUUUACUUUGGUGGGGUUAGCACAGAAGUCCAAAGCCAGAUUCUGCAUGAGCUCAAUUUUGUCAAAGGUGAUCUGCCUUUUAGGUACCUGGGGGCCCCUUCCAGUACCAAAAGGAUCACUAUUGUGCAAUGUAAACCCCUCACUAUUGUGCAAUGUAAACCCCUCAUAGACAAGAUACUGGGCAGGAUAACUAGCUGGAUUUCUAGGUUUUUAUCUUAUGCUGGUAGAUCCCAACUCAUUAAGAGUGUUUUGUUUGCUAUACAAAUAUUUUGGUCUCAAAUUUUUGCAAUCCCAAAGAAGAUUAUUCAAGUGAUCGAGUCUAUAUGCAAGAGAUUUUUGUGGACUGGCAGUGUUGAAGUAUCCAAAAAAGCCUUAAUUGCCUGGGAAACACUAUGCUGCCCCAAGUCAGCUGGUGGCCUGAGUAUUUUAGACGUGUAUACAUGGAAUAAGGCUGCUCUUGCUGUUUGGUCAAAGAUACUAAUCUGGCAAGGGAUAGAUAGGGUUUGUAUGAAUUGGCAAAGUGAAGUCGAAUGGGCUCUGGAACACAGGAAAGGAAAGAGCAGCAAUGCUCAAGUGUUUAAAAUGACUUUAGCUGGGAGUCUAUACUACAUAUGGCAGGAAAGGAACUUAAGGGUGUUUCAAAACAAUGCAAGGAGGGCUGAAGUAAUUGUCAAGCAAGUGAUCCAGGAUGCGCAUGGUCGAGGAGCUUUAUUUACAAGGAUGAAUAGGAGGCUGGAAGAGUCGAAUAUGUACCCCUGA